AUGGCUAAAAGAAGCCCACCGGACCCAAUGUAUGUCUUUCGGGGUACCGGAGCAGCUAUCAAUGUACUCAAGUUUGCUCCAAAGUCUACAAGAAAGGAAGGGCUUUUACUUUCUGGGUAGGUAUUACUAUUUUAACCUCAAUUCUAUAAAGAAAGUGGAACGUUCGCUUUCUCCUCUUUUGUUCUGCCACCCCUCCUUCCAUUUAUUCGGGGACCAGUGGUAAAUCUGCAAAGGCUUUUCCUUGGUGUUGUUUGGAACACCCGGUAGGUUGAUAUUGUGAAAAAAGAAGGAUGGAGAAAACUAAACUGAAAUCUUGAUGGUGGAUGAGUAUUCUUAAGGGUCAAAAUUUGCUGUCAUGUGAUACUGAAUUCAACAGCUCAGCUCUCCCGCCCGUCCCCCCCCCCCCCCCCCCCCUCUCUACAGCUAUAAUAAUUAUUAAUGGAUAGCUUUACCUUUAAGUCGCUCGGUAUUAAAAAUAUUUGUAACUUCAUUUCAAGGUCUGCUAAAGGUAUUAUUAACCUAUGGAAUCUUAAAACAAAAAGAACAGAACUUAUUCUGGAUGGCCAUAGUGGGAAUGGAAUCCUUGCUGCAGGUUUUCUUCCUGGUGGAAAAGUUAUCAGGUUAGUAGGAGGGAUCAAAAAAGUAAGAAAAUUGGUAGUUUUGCAUUUCCUUGUCCUACAAAUAUGGUCACUUUUCAUUGCUGCCCACUGCUGGGAUGUUUUAUGAGCAAGACAUCUGCAUUUUGGCUCAAACAAUUGCAUACUGGUUUUGUAAACUACCUAGAAUUUAAUGAAGAGCUCUGAUUACAAGACUUGAUAAUAUACCGUAAAAUUCUGGAAAUAAGCCCCUCCAAAUAUAAGCCCCCCACACUGGUAAUGCAAAAAACCCACCAUUAAAUCGCCCCUCCAAAUAUAAGCCCCCUGGGGGCUUGUACUUGGUAAAAUGCCCUCAAGUACAAAGUAAAACACAGCCAAAACGGUAAAUUUUCUUCCAACUAUAAGGCUAGCCCAAUCGAUUUUGAAACGCAAAUUUCCCUCCAUAGAUAAGCCCCUCCGAAUAAUAGCCCCUCCAAAAAUAAGCGCCUCAAAUAGGGCCUUUGAAAAAUAUAAGCCCUGGGGCUUAUUUUCGGAAUUUUACGGUAUACUCUCUUUCCAUUACAAAGGUCAAGAUAAAUAUAUAGCCUUCUGAAUCCACCAAAAAACAUUCAUUUCCUUUUUGUGAGUCCACCAUCCCUGAAAAACUGUUAAAAAAAUGAAAGAAAGUUUGGCAUGAAAGAUCAUGGUCAUUGUCAGAUUAUAUUGUUAUCAGUUCUUGCCACAUUUGUUGAUGAAAUUACCAGAAUACUGAAGGUUGUUAUGAUUACAUUUUGUUCAUGAUGACGCAUCAAUCAUUUUAGCCUGCGAAAACAUUUUUUCUCAUAGUCAUGGACGAGAUGGGCAUCUUAAAUCGUGGAACUGUUGUGAAGGAAGAUCUGAAGUAGUGAACAGUCUUACAGUUCCUUUUCUUGGUUUUUGCCAGUUUUGUAUUUCACCAAGAGGUAUGUUGAGGUGCAAACUUUCUUUCAGGCCAUGGCUGAUUCACUCAAUCUAGACAAGUUCUUGUCUUUCAAUUCAAUUAACAUGAGGACAAGCACGCCAUGACUGUAGAAAAGCAAAAUUGUAAGGGCCUCUUGUCCAAAGGAUUUCAAGUUGGAAUUAAUGUUUUUUUCAAUCCCUGUUAGCCAAUCGUUAUAUUGUCAUCCUCUAAUAAGGGGAGAGGAGAAGGUGUAACAAAGAGAGUACACAAGUACCUUAGGGAAUCCCCCAAGAACAACCCCUGUAUUUUAGUCACUAUGUGGUUCCAUUUCAAGUUCCAAUUCACAUUUUUUUUCAAGCCCUGUUAAUCCAUUGACAUCCUUUAAUUCUAAUAACAGAUGGAGUUCCUAUUGACUGAACUGGUGUACGAAGGGGAGUCUACAUAAGGGAUCCCCCUCAGAACAAACCCUGUAUUUUCGACACUGUUUGGCUCCAUUUCAUGUCCUGAUUCAAUUUUUUUUAAUCCCUGUUAAUCCAUAAACAUCCUCUAAUUCUAAUAAGAGAGGAAUUCAUAUGCAGACUCGUUUAAAAGUUGAGUCCACAUAAGGCAGUCCCCUUAGAACAACCCCUGUAUUUUAGACAACACUUGGUUCCAAUUCAAGUUCCAAUUCAAGUUUUUUUUUUCAAGAUCUGUUCACCCAUUGACAUCCUCUUUCUAAUAACGGGAAGGGGGAGUUCAUCUGGAGACUGGUGAACAUGUAUCAAGAAGGAGCAUCCCACAUAAGACACUCCUCCUAGAUCCACCUCUGCAUUUUAUCCAGUGUUAAAGAAAACUCCCGUACUCUUCAUUUUGCCAAGUAUUUCUCAGUGUUUGCAACGAAAAUUCUUUGUUGUGACUGAUCUUUACAUCUUGUCUCUUUUAAUAUUGAAGUGGUAGUUUAAAAUAAUGCUCUUUUCAGGAAAUGACUCAAACUGGAUUGUUUUGCCAUCAUCUGAACAAUCUGAGGUAAGGUAGGAAACUGUGCCACUUUUUCUCAAAUAUCUACCGUAUAGUGUUAAAGUUUAAGAAAGAAUGGAAAUACUAGUUUUUGAUUAAUCAAACUUGAUCUUACAUGUACCUCUACUCUGCUGGCUCCAUCACUGAUAUAAUUUAAGUUUUUUUUCUUCUUUUCUGCCAUCUAUUUGAUGUGGCAGUGUCCAACUAGAAAGCUCUUGCUACUAUUUGUUAUUAUAUAACUUGUGUAAAUACCCUAUAUGGUGUAAAAUAAAAAAUUGAAUACCCUGUGAGCGUGGCUUGUCUGUCAUGUACAUAGUUGGUUUGUUUAAGGGGUGUAUAAAACAAACCAACUGCGUGACUGACAAGCCAUGUGAAUGACUUUGUUAACACUAAAAGCCAUGUAAGAGAGAAACCUCUGCUUGCAGGGCAAGAAUGGAAUUGAAUUGCUUCAUGUACACUGGCUGGGAGAAAAUUCUGAUUUUUUCGAACAAAAAACAACGUCAACAACAAGACUUAAGCAGGGGCAAAAGCUCAAAAUUUUGUCUCUGCCAGAGUAGUGAUGAAAAUUUAUAAUGAUUAAAUUUCCUAUACAAUUAGCUACAACACAACACCAGGCAAAUAAAAAGGUGUUUGUUCCUGUUACUCAUUACAAUUUUUGAGUGGAAGAUGUUGAAAUCCUUGAUUAUUAGCCCAAGGGGUGGCUUAGAGACAGAGGGCUUAUUUGAGAGGGAAGAGGGCUCAUUUAAUUUAGUGAAGAUUAUGGUAGCUGUCCAUAAAGAACUAGAAUGUGCAAAGUGCAAAAGCCCAGGCACAUGAAGUUGGAGUUCAUGAAUCCGAAGAUCAAAAACAAAUCCAAUCUUGUCGCAUGUGAAUACACCAUACCAGAUCAGCCCACAUGAAGACGUGUUACAUUGAAAUACACAGGGACCGCGGAGGGGGAGGGGCUGGUAGGGCCGUGGCCCUACCACUUUCUUGCGCCCCCGCCCCCACUUUUUGCACUAAAAAGAAAAAUAAUUAAAAUAAAAAAAAGACUUGAAACAAUUUUUUUUCUGUCUAUAUUCCGCUAUAUUCUCUGUAUUUUCUUUAAUUUCAAACGCCAGGCCCCUUCGCCUUCGUUCGGCAGCGUGUUUUAUACUUCCAGCUCCGCCAGAGCUUUUAUCAGUUUUAUCAGACGAAAUGAAGAAAAUUAUUAGCUUUUUCAAGCCAAACGAAGGUGAGUAGUUGUUUUGAGUUGAUAGAAGUUUUAUAUUUUAUCUUUCUCCUUUCGAAUCAAUGAAAUAUUCGAUGGCAAGAAGAAUUACAUUACUUGAACAGUGAACGGCCAUAGUUAGAAAUAGAAUAAAGUGUGCAAAGUCACGCGACAGAAACAAAUCAAAUACUAUGAUUUUAUUCCUUUUUUCGAUUUUCAAUAUGGAAAAAUUAUUUUCAACUGUCAGCCCUCCCACUUUUCACCUUGCUCCGCGGUCCCUGAUACAGUCUAUCAUUUAAGAAUAAGAGGGAGGGGUGGGGGUGGCUAAAAAGAGGGGAGGAGGGGCUUAAAAAUUUUCUUCCUCUGGAAGGUGGGGGCAGGCGUUUUUGAGAGGUGGUGCUGAAGGGAUGAUUUACAGUAUUUUUUAUUCUGUAGCAAAUAUUAUUGUAUUUUGAGAAAGACUUUGUGUCUUUUUUUUAAAUGAAUUUUUAGAUAAACAUCCUUGAUGUAGAAUCUAAGAAAACCCUAUUCACUCUCAAGUCUGAGGAGAAAAAGUCAUUGGGUAAGUGAGACAAUAUCAGUGUUGUGUUGUUCCAGAAUAAUAUAUCCAUUCUUCUCCCACUGAGGGUCUUUUGGGUCAUGCUGCCCUACCUCUUUAGAAAUUCCAGUUUAGCUUCAAACUUUCAUUAAUUUUUUUGAAGCUUUAAAACAUCGAUCCCACUCCUUGAAAUUUCUGGAGAUCCAUGGGUGGGGUAUGCUUUCUUUUUGGAGCUCUACAUCAAGAAAGGUAUAUAAAUUGCAUGGGACCACGAAGGAACCAUCCAGAAAGAAAAAUGCUGAUUAAUGAGCUGAGGCCACUAAACUAGGUUCAUUUGACAUUUUUUUAAAAGUUGUUUUCAAUUUAACUCUCUUUCUUUUGAAGGAAUGUGCAUGUGUUUGUCACUAUUUAACAAUCCAAAAACUCAGAAGCCUCUGCUGGUUGCAGGAUAUGAAAAUGGUCAGAUGCUACUAUGGGAUGUAAUGGAGGAAAAAAAAUUGAGCAACUUUGCAGUCCAUUCUGAAUCAGGUAAUAAUAAAUUGGUUGUUUAGUGGGUAGGAGGUCCAUAUAUGAAAACCUGUUAUCUGGGGGUCUUGCAUUAAGCAAUGGUACCCCAGUACACCACCUUCUUAUUGGGCUGCCUGUGGCAAUGGCCAUUUGUGUCCUGAGCAGUGAUUUGGUUACCCCUGCACCCUGUGUCCCUGAUGUAUAAAAAUCCCAAAGAUGCACAAAAGUUCAUGGCACGCGUCCUGUAGGACGCAA